AUGGAAGGCAAUGAUACUUGUGAGGGAGAAGUAAACAAUCCAAAUGUAGUCAACGUGAUGCUCGGAUUGAUCGGGACAUUAGUCGGGAUGUUCGUAGUGAUGGCUAUUACAUUGGGUCUUUUUUGGAGGAAACUUUUGGUAAGCUUGAAGGGCAAGGUCUAAUUUAAUAUAAAAAAAUUUCAUAAAUGAAAAGUAGUCAUCCUGAAAUGAGAUUCUUUGAUGAGUUAAAAAUUGUAAUCCUUCUACAGCAUUUAUUCACGAUUUUCAGAAAGAUUUGGCGAGAAUCCGUCUAAUGCAACAUAUUAUUUCAAACCUCGAGCCCGACCCAAUCGACGUUCGAGAGCCUCUUCCCCAAGAACCGUCUACAGGGUAUACUGGAAGCACCCAAAUCAGCCUCGCCGAUCCCUCUUCCAAUGGCAAUAAUGAUUACGAAGAGGAUCUUCGGGUCUUUGAGAGGUUCAGAAUCAGAGUGCGGGCUCUGGAGAAGCACAAGAAAGAUGAGAAAAAGGGGUGGCUUAAGGGUAAGGAAUGGUGUGGAAUUUAUUGUUUAUUUUAUGGAUGAAAUUUUCGUAAUUUCCAAAAAAAUGUUUUACAAAAAAAAAUCGGCAUUUUCAGCCAAGGAUGAAAACCAAGGAACCGAAAUGAAGACCGGCUUCGAAGCCCGAAGAUCCAAUCCCAAAACAGCAUUGGCUAUAGGGCAGUCCGAGAAGGCCGAUAACGGCAAAGACAGUGGAGGAAGAGAAAAGGGAAGGAAGACCGACAAGACCGGACCAUCUAGCUUCGUUGAAGCCAGUCAAAUCAAAACUCAAGCCUCGGUCUUAAAUCAAUCUCAAGCUAAUCCCAAAUGA